AUGGCAGGCAAUCUUUCGCCAUGGGAGAUGGUUAUAGAGUCCAUUUUAGCCGUCAUUGCCUUCGAAAUGGCUGAUUCCAGUUCAAGGAUGACGCGAAGAGAGAAAGGGAUGGAUCGCCUGGCAAUAGCAAUCAUCUACCUACCUCCUUCUCAGGCUCUUCUUGUAGACUUCAUCCCACCUUCUACCUUCUACCUUCCACCUUCCACCUUCCACCUUCCACCUUCCACCUUCCACCUUCCACCUUCCACCUUCCACCUUCCAUCUUCCACCUUCCACCUUCCUUUACCUAACCCACUGCGCAAGCGCAUUAAGACUGCUUUACACUAG